UUUGGCUGUUGGGCGCAGAAUUACUUAGAUUUUUUUUAUUUUUUUAUUUUUAUUUUUUGUGAUUGUUAUGACUUAUGCGAUAAGGCUUACGGUCAGAAGUUUCUUGAUUUCCUGAACAGUGUGAUUCAUCAUGAAGCUGGAGGUGCCAAAAAACUUUGAAGAUGUUGCUGUUGAGUUUUCAAGUGAGGAGUGGAAGAUGUUGAGUGAACAGGACAAAGAGUUACACCGGGAGGUGAUGAUAUGGAACUAUGAGAACAUGAUUUCUUUAGGUUAUAACAUCCCAUUGUACAAACUUUUGUUAAUUAUUAUGAAAGAUGAAACAAUUCCAGCUGCUGAAACUGAAGGAAGGAGAACAGUGCCAAAAACACAACGUCCUGGUAACACAACCAGCAUUACCAGGAAUGGAGAAUUAAGUGUCAUCCAAAGUCUGCAGUCAUCUUAUGGGAAACUCUGGGAUGCAGAAUGCGACAGAGUUCUGACAGAUAAAAUGUUAAUCACAAGGCAAGACCCAGUUCAGACUGAAAUUAGACAUGAUAACUGCAGGCAAAGUAAAGAGUUUGUUAUGAAAACUGAAUUAAAAAUGCAUCUGCAAAUUGAAGCAGAGGAAAUGCCCUGUAGCUGGCUUAAUCAUAGCAACAGUCUAACAUUUCAAAGUAACAGUAUAACUGAUCAUCUAAGCGCCGAUGGGGGAAGACAAACGAAUACCUCACCAACACAUAAACAAAUGCUCAGUAGACAGGCUUUGUAUACAUGUGUUAUGAAUGCCAAGGGUUUUACAGGUAGAAAAAAGUUAGCACUGCAGAAGACCAUUCAUACUGGUCAGAGUCCCUUUACCACGUGUGACAAAGGUUUUGCACAGAAAAAUGGCAUGGCAAUACCUCAGGAUGGCCACAUUUGGCAAAAGCCACAUAAAUGCACCAUGUCUGACAAGAGUUUUGCAUAUAAAGACUGUACGUUGACUCAUCAAAGGAGACACAAUAGGCAGAAGCCAUAUAAAUGUUCCACAUGUGACAAGGGUUUCUUGCAUAAGAGUCGACUAGUUCUUCAUCAGAGGAUGCAUUCAGGGAAGAAACCAUAUAAAUGUACCGUGUGUGACAAGAGUUUUUCAUACAAAAGCAGUGUGGUGAUUCACGAGAGGCUUCACACUGGGCAGAAGCCAUAUAAAUGCACCAUGUGUGACAAGCGUUUUGUAUAUAAAGGCUGUAUGUUGACCCAUCAAAAGAGACACAAUAGGAAGAAUCCAUAUAAAUGUUCCACAUGUGACAAAAGUUUCAUGAAUAAGAGUCGUCUGGUUCUUCAUCAGACAAUGCAUUCAGGGAAGAAAUCAUAUAAAUGCAGUGUUUGUGAAAAGAGUUUUGCAUACAAAAGCAGUGUGGUGCUUCAUGAGAGACUCCACACUGGGCAGAAGCCAUAUAAAUGCACCAUGUGUGACAAGAGUUUUGCACAGAAGAAUCACUUGGUGGUACAUCAAUAUAUCCACAGUGGGCAGAAACCAUACAAAUGUACCAUGUGUGACAUGAGCUUUGCACAGAAGGGUAACUUGGUAUAUCACCAGAAGAUGCACAGUGGGCAGAACUCCUAUAAAUGUGGCACAUGUAGCAAGAGUUUUGUAACAAAAAGACAUCUGACAGCACAUGCAAUUGUCCACACAGAGUAUAGUAAGUAUAAGCCAAAUGAAUGCAGCACAUGUGGUAAGACUUUUAAACAUAAAUAUACUAUGACUGCCCAUCAGAGAGUCCACUCUGGAGAGAAACCAUUUCACUGCUCAGUGUGUGACAAACGUUUUGCAUACAGAAGCAGUAUGAUAACUCAUCAGCGCGUCCACAAUGAUCUGAAACCAUAUAAAUGCACGAUAUGUGACAAAACAUUUAAACAAAAGAGUUCUAUAAAAUUUCAUGAGAUGAGCCACACUGGACAGAAACCCUUUAAAUGCACCAUGUGUGACAAGAGUUUUAGUGACAGGUUCAUUAUGUUACGUCAUCAGAACAUCCAUACUAGGCAGAAUAUCUGUAAAUGCAGUGUGUGUGACAAGACUUUUAUAAACAAAUACAGUAUGUUAAGUCACCAGAAACUCCACACUGGGGAGAAGCCUCAUAAAUGUACCAUGUGUGAUAAGAGUUUUGCAUACAAGUCUAACCUGGUAAAACAUCAGAGGGUCCACAUGAGGCAUCAAAGAGUAAAACAAUAAUGAUUUCAUGAACUUUAAUCAUACUUUGACUUACUCCAUUCCCAUCAUGGUAUUAGAAACCCAAAAGAUUUGGAGAAAUUAAAAAGGCAGUGUUACAUGUCACAAGAGUAAAUGUAGCAGUGACGUGGGCAGAAGCAAACAAAUGUGAUAUUGUAUUUCAAGAGAAAAAGUGAAAAGCAACAUUGAUCACUGAAAUUGCUACAGCCAGUGAUGACAGCAUCUAACAAACUGAAAUACAUACAUUUAUAAAUUAUCAAGAUAUGUAUGAAGAAACUAGAGCAAUGUAGAAUAAGGAUAUACAAAUACUUCCAGCUGUAGUAGGAGCAGCUAGGCUAAUAAAAUUUAAAAAUGCUGCUUAUAGAAGUAACCCCUUAGAAAUAGCAGAAAGAGACAAUUUUGGGUCCACUGUGGGUGCUGAAAAGAACACUUGUAUCAGAUGUCAAAGACUGAAGCAAAACUGACUUCAUGAACUUUAAUUUAUGCCCCAGAUAGAAAAACUGUCAAAAACUUCACAUGCAAAUUUGUGUUCAUUAAUAUAAAAAAUCCAUGAGAAACAUUACAUUAAGAAAGAACCUUUGGGCCACCUGAAAAAAUGAAGUGUCAGAAGAAGUGCAAAAAUCUGAAGACAAAAUCCAGAGAUUUUUGAGAGGUAUAAAAUAAGAAACAUCGGCAUGAGAAUGAAAAAGAUCUGACGUGGUGCUGUAGUUUUACAAAGGAGAAAGCAAAACAAAUCAAUAGACAAGGCAACACCAAAGAUAAUUGAAGAGAAAUGUAGGCAAAGGCACUUGGAUAUGGAAAAUGAUAUGGAAAAUGUCACAAUAAAAAAAAGCAAAAAAAGAAAUCAGUGCGAGAUGAAGAGGAUUAGUAACAGAGAAGAUACAGAAAUAGAAACCGGAGGUAUGGAUUACCUGCAAAGUGAAGGAUUUAGUGUAGGAAAUACAACUCUGGAAAUGUCACAGCAUGAUGGAACAAUGAGUCCCCAACAGGAGAAAUAGGUGGACCGGGAAGCAUCUGAUGACUUGAUGCUGUGGAGCCUUCAGCCAGAAACCAAAGCAAAAGUUAAUUUGGAGUUAGAGCAGGAAGCUGUGGCAACUCUGAUGCAGGCAAUGUCCAGUGAUGGGUCAGUGAGUUCCCAUAUGAAGGCACAGUAGAUGGCAAAGGAUGCAGCUGAAGAUGAUAUGUCACAGGAAGAUGUUCUGGAGUUUUCUGUAGAAUGCCUGCAGGAAACAGAGAGCAAAGAAUGUGUUCUCAAUUUAGAAGAAAAUGACCUAAUGGAAGAUUUGCUUGAUUUAAUAGAGAUGGAUUGGCAUGUUAAGAUCGAUGAAGGAAAGAAAUAGUUUGCAGAAAGUAAACAAGACCCAACAUGAUAGCAGUUUGAUGAACACAAUAAUCAAGGAUGUUAAUAGAAACUCACAUGCUAUGACAUAAAUAGCAUAUCUGACUGUGCUGCUAAAGUAAUAACAGAUGGUCUUACCACAAAAAUGCAGAGUAAUAAAAAUGUAGAGUAGUAAAGGAAAGGA